AUGUGUGAAAGAUUGUAUAAAAAAAUAAAGAGUAUUGAAUGUGAAUCAAAUUUAUAUAUUUCAAAUAAUAAAGUUUUAUUUGAAACAAUAUAUAAUCUAAUAAGAGAAGGUGUACCGAUUCCAAGUGCAUAUUAUAUAAAUGAUCACAUAGUGGAUAGAGAAACAGAAAGAUAUGUACUAACCAAAUAUAUUUAUGAUAUUGAUGAUAUUAUAUAUAAAGUAGAGGCACACUCAAAAAUAAAAUUAGAAAAAUCUGUUAAUUUAAGAGUUAAAUAUAUAGAAGAAGAAUAUUUAAAAGAUUAUGAAGUAGAAAAUUUCUAUAAAGAAGACAAAUACAAUGUAUUAGAUUCCUUACAAAUAUAUAUUUCACACAAUCAUUUUGAAAAAAUUUGGAAUGAAUUUACUAUUCCAUAUUUCCUGAGUUGCUAUCAUGAUGAGGAAAACUUCAAAAUACACACACAUAUUUUAGAAAAAGAAGAGUUUGGUUAUGAUUUACAAAUAGAACUUUAUGAAAUUCCAGACAACCCAAUUAAAACAUUUCUUGUAGCAAAUCAUUUAUCAAAAAUUAGAGAAGCUUUGCAAUGUGGUCCUUUAAUGCACUUUUUUUUAACAAAAACAAAUACUCAAGAAAAUUCUUUUGAAAAGUUUAUUAUUAGAAAAAAUGAAGUUAUUUUUAUUUUAAAAAAAAAUGAUUAUUUGUUAGCUGUCAUUUCAAUACAUUAUGAAGAUGAAUAUGAUAAAUAUAUAGCACUUGGUUUAUGUAAAAAUAUUCACUUAACAACUAAAACGAUGGAUUUAUCUGGUAACUUGGAUUGCUCUUUUUAUACACAUUUUCCAUCUCAUUUAAUAACAUCAGAAUUCUUUGUGUAUGAGAAUCUAGACAAAGAUAAUUACGAAAAAGAAAAAAAAGAUGUAUUAGGAAAAAAAAAUUCAAAAAAUAUAAAAAAUACACGUAAGUUUAAUGAAGAUAGUUUUAAUGAAGAAGAUAAAGAAAAAAUAAAAAACGAAAUAAAAGAAAAAGUAUUUAAUGAAGAAAAAGAAGAAUAUGAUAAGAAAAAUUUAGAUAAAGAAAAAAAAUGCAACAAUUUAGCAUAUGAGGAAGAAAUAAAUAGAGAGUAUAUAUGUGAGGAUGAAACAGGAAAUAUAAGCGAUAACUUAAAUGAAGUUAAUAAAAUUGAUGAAGAAAAAGAGAUGAAAGUUCCUAAUGUUGGAUUUAUAUCUUUAAGAAUGGAUAUACAAUUAUUUAAUAAUUGUAAAGAUUUUUCUGAAUUAAUUCAGGUCUCCAGUAGAAUAUCUCAUAUUAUAGUUUCAUUUAGAGAUUUUUUAAAUAACUCGUUGGUUUUAUAUCGAAUUAAACAGAGAAGAACCUUUUAA